AUGUUGGAAGAAGUGAAGGCUGUAAUUGCUAUGCUUGUGGUCCAGUUUAUUUUCGCAGGAAUGUUCAUUUUGUUUAAGAUAACGGCCCACGAUGGUACAAAUCUCAGAAUCCUAGUGGCUUAUCGUCUCUCCUUCGCUACCCUUUUCAUGUUUCCCCUCGCCCUCAUCUUCCAAAGGAAGAAGCGACCGGAAUUUACACGGAGACUGGUCUUAUUAGCAUUUCUUUCGGGGUUGCUUGGAGCGGCUAUACCAAAUAUUCUCUAUUUGCCGGGCCUGGUUCGUACAUCAGCUACAUUUUCGACUGCAGCCAGUAUCCUUAGUCCGGUGAUCACUUUGUUAUUGUCAUUGGCUUUUAGGAUGGAUACUCUACGGCUGGGAUCAAACGAAGGGAGAGCUAAGCUUCUGGGUACACUUCUUGGUGUUGGUGGGGCUCUCGUCUUUGUAUUCUAUAAAGGUUUUGAGCUUCAUAUUUGGUCAACACACGUUGACUUACUUAAAAGCUCUGGUCAAUCCUCUGGCCCUGCCACUGAGAACCACCACCACAUCUCAAUUUCAGGGGUUCUUAUGGUUUUUGGCUGUAACGUUUCCGUCUCUCUUUGGUUACUAUUACAGGCACAAAUAAGCAAGGAAUUUGGAGGACAUUGUUGGAACAUAAGUCUGAUGAAUGCGACGGGAAGCUUGGUGUGUAUGGUUGUUGCUCUCUGUUCGGAACAUAACUGGAAUCAAUGGCUAUUAGGGUGGAACAUUAGCCUGCUUACUACGGUUUAUUCGGGAGUCGUGGUUUCAGGGCUAGUCAUGCCUCUUGUUGCUUGGUGCAUUGAAAAAAAGGGACCGUUAUAUGUUACGGUGUUUAGCCCUAUAAGGCUGGUGAUCGUUGCCCUAGUCGGAUCAUUUGCGUUAGAGGAAACGCUUUAUUUGGGAAGUUUAAUUGGUGCAAUAAUAAUGGUGGGAGGAGUAUACCUAGUGGUGUGGUGUAAAAUGAAGGAAAAGAAGAGUGUCUCUACGACAACGGACCACGGUGAGACAAAUAAGAAUAUCAAAGAAGUGAGCCUUGGAAAUCCUCAGCAGUAA